UGAUGCUCCUCCUUCAGUAAGACUCCUGCGAUCUUCACAUUCACACACCAAUUCAGAAACACACACACACACACAGAAAAACUGUCAGCAGCUUCUAUUAGGCUUACCAUGACAGUAUUGUCUCACCUCUGAUUCAAAAAGGAGGCAAGGACUCAAACGCACCACUCACAGCAGGCACAGACAUACGGGAAACUGCCACUGUGUCACAUACUGAUAAGUCACUACAGAAAAACUGCUGAUCUGGGACCAGUUGGAAGGACAAAAUGGGUGUGUGGACAGCCCUGAUUCUGGCCUCGCAGCUGCUUUUAAAACUGUGCUUACACGUGGAAGCCCAGGCUUUGGUCUAUGAUCUGCUCACCUCGCCUGAUUGCCUGCCAGACCUGCUGCAGGGGGGUCUGGCUGAGCAAGGGGUGAACGAGGCUUUCAUCCUAACGUCCUUCAAGUUGCAGCCCAAGACCGGAACCACUGUGUUUGGCCUGUUCAACCCCAGGGACAACAGCAAGUACUUUGAGUUCACUGUGAUGGGGAAGCUCAAUAGAGCUGUGUUACGCUACCUGCGGAGUGACAGGAGGAUGAGCUCAGUAACCUUCAACAACCUGGUGCUGGCAGAUGGCCAACAACACAGACUGUUGUUCCACCUGAAGGGGAUGCAGCAACAGGGGCCAGGCGGGGUGGAGCUGCAUCUGGACUGCAGGCUGGUGGAGACGGUCAGGGAUCUCCCUGCUGCCUUCCAGGGUUUGCCAGCAGGCUAUGGUAUGGUGGAGCUAAAGACCAUGCAAGCCAGAGAGCAGGAGAGUUUAGACGAGCUCAAGCUGGUGGUUGGGGACUCAUUUGAGAAUGUUGCUUCAUUACAAGACUGCUAUUUACAACAAAGAGACUCCGUCCAAACUCUGGGGGUCAACACGAAGCAGCUGUCCAAUCAAAUGCUGGAGUUAACGAAGGUGAUAAAUGAGCUGAAAGAUGUCCUCAUUCAGCAGGUCAAAGAGACCUCAUUUCUCAGAAACACCAUCUCAGAGUGUCAGGCCUGUGGUCUGGGAGGUACUGAGGUGGUGAAACAAAGGUGUGCCCCAGGUGUCUGUUUCCGUAACGAUAUGUGUAUAGAGACAGCGGAUGGUGUCGAGUGUGGACCGUGUCCUGAUGGGUACACUGGUGACGGUUUCAACUGUGAUGAUGUGGAUGAGUGCCAGUUUAACCCCUGCUUCCCUGGAGUGAAGUGCGUGAACACUGCCCCGGGCUACCGCUGUGACGCCUGUCCGCUGGGCUUCACCGGCCUGGCAGUGGAGGGUGUGGGCGUUUUGUUCGCCCAGACCAACAAGCAGGUCUGUGACGACAUCGACGAAUGCAAAAGACCGGACAACGGAGGCUGCACUGCAAACUCAAUGUGCCACAACUCUGUGGGCUCUUACCACUGCGGCAGCUGUAAGUCAGGUUUCACAGGAGAUCAGGUGAAGGGCUGUAAACCAGAGCUCAGCUGCGGCAACAGCCUGACCAACCCAUGUGAUAUCAACGCUCUGUGUACUGUAGAGAGGGACGGGUCAGUGUCUUGUCAGUGUGGAAUUGGCUGGGCCGGUAACGGAUACCUGUGUGGGAAGGACACCGACAUUGAUGGAUACCCAGAUGAGAAGCUCAAAUGCAAAGACAUAAACUGUAAAAAGGAUAACUGCGUCUACGUUCCUAACUCUGGUCAAGAGGAUGCCGACAGGGACGGUCAAGGAGACACCUGUGAUGAUGAUGCAGAUGGAGAUGGUAUACCAAACGGGCAGGACAACUGCUGGUUAAAGCCCAAUGUGGACCAGAGGAACAGCGAUAAGGACAGCCAUGGGGAUGCCUGUGACAACUGUCGCAUGGUGGAGAACCCUGACCAGAGGGAUACUGACAACGAUGGCAAAGGGGAUGCCUGUGAUGACGACAUGGAUGGAGAUGGACUGACGAACUUUCUGGACAACUGUCAGCGUGUCAAGAACAGAGACCAGCUGGACCGGGACGGAGACGGAGUGGGAGAUGCCUGCGACAGCUGCCCCGACAUCCCCAACCCAAACCAGUCUGAUGUUGACAAUGACCUGGUUGGAGACUCUUGUGACACAAACCAAGACAGUGAUGGCGAUGGUCACCAGGAUACCAAGGAUAAUUGCCCACUCGUGAUCAAUAGUUCACAGUUGGACACCGACAAAGACGGGCUGGGUGACGAGUGUGACGAUGACGACGACAACGAUGGGAUCCCUGACAUUUUGCCACCGGGACCAGACAACUGCCGGCUGGUACCAAACCCUGACCAGAUCGACGACAAUAAUGAUGGAGUUGGAGACAUGUGUGAGUCUGACUUCGACCAGGACAAAGUGAUUGACAGGAUUGACAACUGUCCUGAGAAUGCAGAGGUUACCUUGACUGACUUCAGGGCCUAUCAGACGGUGGUGUUGGACCCUGAGGGUGACGCCCAGAUUGACCCCAACUGGGUUGUUUUGAACCAGGGAAUGGAAAUUGUCCAGACCAUGAAUAGUGACCCAGGACUUGCUGUUGGUUACACUGCUUUCAGUGGAGUGGACUUUGAGGGCACAUUUCAUGUAAAUACAGUGACUGACGACGACUACGCCGGCUUCAUCUUUGGCUACCAGGACUCAUCCUCCUUCUACGUGGUGAUGUGGAAGCAGACUGAACAGACCUACUGGCAGGCGACACCCUUCAGAGCCGUGGCCGAGCCCGGCAUCCAGCUUAAGGCUGUGAAGUCUAGAUCAGGCCCUGGGGAGCACUUGAGAAACUCACUGUGGCACACAGGAGACACCAACGACCAGGUUCGUCUGCUGUGGAAGGACCCAAGGAACGUAGGCUGGAAGGACAAGGUGUCCUACCGCUGGUACCUGCAGCACCGCCCACAGGUUGGAUACAUCAGGGCACGGUUUUAUGAGGGAACUGAGCUGGUGGCAGACUCUGGUGUGACUAUUGACACAACCAUGAGAGGAGGAAGACUUGGUGUGUUCUGUUUCUCUCAAGAAAACAUCAUCUGGUCCAAUUUGAAAUACCGCUGCAAUGACACCAUCCCAGAGGAUUUCCAGGAGUUCAGCACUCAGCACGGCGUUGACUCACUUUAAAGUCGAGAAAAAAAUAUGACACCAGAUCCCUAAAGAAUGCUUCUGUGUGUGGGUGAUUAAGUGUGUGUGUGUGUGUGUGUGUGUGUGUGUGUGUGUGUGUGUGUGUGUGUGUGUGUGUGUGUUUGUGUGUUUGUCUGUCCAUCUGUGUAUUGAUAUGUACAGUUUCUGUGCAUAUGGCCACACGAUUCGUACUGUAUGUGCAUAUUAUCAUGUCUGUUUCCUUUUUCCAGUUGUGUCUUCCUGUUUAAUCAUCUCUUAAAGACUGAUUAUGCUAAAUACUGUAAGUUAUAAUGAUUUUUACCAAACAUGAUGCAACAUGACAUGACAUAAGAAGAAACAGAACAUAUAACAUAAGAUAACAUAAGACAACAUACGGCUAAUAAUGGACAUCCUAAUAUUCAGUGAUUUUCUGUGCCAUCAUUGCAUAUAGUUUUAGCACAAGAGGCCCCAGCGGCCCCCAGUUUCCCAUACACAGUAGACAUUUUCAAAAUAAAAGUAGUUACUCAGUAGUUACUGAGAAGAUUUUAUGUAGCAUAUAUGUAGUAUUAUAAACAUGUUCAAACAACUGGAAGGAAAGUUAUCACCACCAGAACCUGCUUUGGAUCAGCCUCAGACUGAUGUUUCCUAUAUUUUGAUCAUAAACUGGUUGUAUUUGUUCAACUAUCAACAUGGUAUUUUUACUCCUUUUGUGGAGAGGAUGAACAGACCAAGUUUUGUAUGACUCAAAUUUCAGACUGUGCCUUGUCUCACUUACUGUAGACGAUUAACUUAAAGCUCAGUGUAACCUUGUUUUCUCUUUCCAUCAUUUGGUCCUUAAGAUCUUGAUAAUUUCAUAUCUAUGUAGUCAUGAACCUGGUCAAAAUAAAGGGCUUUAAAAUAUA